AACUCAAAAGAGUGCAGAGGGAAAGCGGAAAAGAAAAAAAACCUCCAUAAAUUCUGCUUUGUUGUUCGCCUUUUGAGUUUCCUGUUUUCAAGCUAUCAGCCAUGGAAGCCACGGUGAAGCAGGAGCUUCUGGAAACUUCUAAUGUUCCACAUCCUACGGGGAAACUAAACGGCGUCACUUCGAAGGUGGUGCCACCACCGGGGUGGGUAAUCGAUCUGAGCACGAGUAGUAGCAGCAGCAGCAGUAGCGGCGAGUCGGACUCGGACGAUUCGGACGAUAUCGGAGGCGUUUCGGGGGGUUUGGCGAAGAAGAGGAAGCUAGACGGGAUGGGUGUCGUUUUGCCGGUUGGUUUUCUGAGUCCUCUGCCCCCGGAGGGGGUGGCGCCGAUGCUUCCGGAGCCAGAUGCGGCGGUAACGCGCGUCGAAAAGACUGUGGUGGUCAGUGGGCCUAGCUGUAAGCAGUUCUGGAAGGCUGGGGAUUAUGAGGGAGCUCCUUGUGGCAACUGGGAAUCUACUGCUGGUGGGAUGGACCAUGUCAGGGUUCAUCCGAAGUUUUUGCAUUCCAACGCAACAAGCCAUAAGUGGGCUCUUGGAGCUUUCGCGGAGCUCUUAGACAAUGCGUUGGAUGAGGUUUGUAGUGGUGCGACAUAUGUUAACCUAGAUAUGGUUGAAAAUAAGAAAGACCAAAGCAGAAUGUUGCUGAUUGAAGAUAACGGUGGUGGGAUGGAUCCCGAUAAGAUGCGGCACUGCAUGUCAUUGGGGUAUUCUGCGAAAAGCAAAGUCGCGAACACUAUAGGACAAUAUGGAAAUGGUUUUAAAACAAGCACCAUGAGGCUCGGAGCAGAUGUAAUCGUGUUCUCUCGUUGCAAUGGAAAAGAUGGAAAAAGUGCAACACAGAGCAUUGGAUUGCUGUCUUACACAUUUUUGAAGAGCACAGGAAAGGAAGAUAUUGUAGUUCCCAUGCUUGAUUAUGAGAGAAGACAGGGGGCUUGGAGCAAGAUGUUACGAUCCUCUCUAAGUGAUUGGAACAAAAAUGCGGAAACAAUAGUUCAAUGGUCACCAUUUUCUAGUGAAGAAGACCUGCAUCAUCAGUUCUAUAUGAUGAAAAACCAUGGCACCCGAAUUAUCAUAUACAACCUUUGGGAGGAUGAUGAAGGACAGCUGGAGCUGGAUUUUGAUGCUGAUCCACAUGAUAUUCAAAUUAGAGGUGUCAAUCGAGCUGAAAAGAAUAUACAAAUGGCUAAAGAAUUUCCCAACUCUCGUUUUUUCUUGACCUACCGGCACUCGUUGAGGAGCUAUGCAUCAAUUCUCUAUUUGCGGCUUCCUCAUAACUUCCGAAUCAUUCUUCGUGGGAAGGAUGUUGAGCACCACAACAUAGUGAAUGAUAUGAUGAUGUCCCAGCAAGUCACAUAUCGGCCACAGCCUGGUGCUGAUGGGAUUCCAAAGGAUUCAAAUAUGGUUGCCGUUGUCACCGUUGGGUUUGUGAAGGAUGCAAAACAUCACAUUGAUGUUCAAGGGUUCAAUGUUUAUCACAAAAAUCGACUGAUUAAGCCAUUUUGGAGGCUUUGGAAUGCUGCAGGAAGUGACGGCCGUGGUGUUAUAGGUCUCUUAGAAGCCAAUUUUGUUGAACCAGCACAUGAUAAACAGGGUUUUGAGCGUACAACAGUUCUUUCAAGACUCGAGGGAAAAUUAUUAACUAUGCAAAAGAAUUACUGGAAUAAUUUUUGUCAUAAAAUUGGCUAUGCUCCACGGCGUAAUAAGAAGCUUAUUAACGGCUCUGCAGAUAAAGAGACUUCUGAUUAUUUUCCUGAAACUUCUCCCUCUAAAACGAAUGGUGCUACUAAGUCAGGCAGCAAGAGACCAUUAUCAGUUCCUGACAAGCUCCGUUCACACGCAUUUCAGAAAGUUGAUUUAAAAUCUUCAAAAAGAUUUUCUAAACCAGCAUACCAUGGGCAUGCGACUGUACAUAUGUCUGAUGAAGGCACACAUAGAGUGCAAACGCCCACAAAAUCUGGGGAAGGAUCAUCAAGUUCUUCUGAACCAUCACCACCUUCGACAGCCAUGUCUGAUAAGCAAGUAAAUGACAGUAGUCAUAAGGGAUUUGCUACUAAAAAGAAUUCCGGGAAAGAUGGCCAGGGUGUGACUCGGUUAUCUUCAUGCACGGAAGAUAUUCAAUCUCAGCAAGAUUGUUCGCCAUGUGGGGGAACCUAUCUGCCCACCUCACGUUCCAAGUCAAAGGGGAAUAAUGUCAAUGGUGAUUGUUCUGUCUUGGAGGGUGAUUUAGGCGUAGUGGAGCAAUUGAGAAAAGAGAAUCGUGAACUGAAGGAAAGAUUGGAGAACAAGGAUGGAGCAGCUUCAGCUGAUUUGCUGCAGGACUUGCAGUGUGAAAGGGAUAGGUGCAAGUCACUUGAAACUCAGCUCCAAGCGGCACAACAAAAAAUUGUGGAAAUGAACAAGGAACAAGACACUCUAAUUGGGAUAUUCUCCGAGGAGAGGGAACGACGAGACAAUGAAGAGGCCAAUUUGAGAAAGAAGCUGCAGGAUGCAUCCAAUACGAUUGAAGAAUUGCUGGACAAGGUAAGGGCACUGGAAGUAAUGAAGUCUGCUAGUUUCAAAUCCAAUAGAUAAGCCCUCUCGCCAUUGUAUUCAGUAGGUCUUUAGGACGCGGCGGAAUGUAGUUUGACCCGAAUUUCAGAAGUAGCCUAACGUAGAUCAGGAAUUCUUUGGAUGGUUGGUGAACAAGCCUAGCCUUCUUUCUCACUAGUGCCUUGGUAGAUGUUGUAAUGCAAAAAGAUAGCAAAGAGAGGGGUGAUAUGAACUAUGUAAGCAUCAAUAUGUGAUGGUUUUUUGUGCCACCAAGAUUUGGAUCAGAAUGAUGCGGUGUUGAAGUAUUGUAUAGAGUACAGGGGUUUUAUAUCUA